UACACAGACAGAGACGGCUCUUAUCCAACACAAUCAUAACAACCGAAGAAGUUGCGGGAAUCGUUGCAAAUUACUUUCAUGUAUAACACUGCUUCUGCUUCAUCACCGGAACUUUAUUUAGCGGCUUAAAUGGGGUUCCCAGGUAUUGUUGUUAGCGUUUGGUCAAUUUUCAUGCAACUAUUUCUCCUAAUGCUCACUUCGUCCUCCUUAACUCUGCGAGGAGAUGAAGUGGAUAGACUGUCCUUGCUUGCCUUUAAAGCUGAAAUUGUGAGUGAUCGCAUGGCCAUCCUCGCCUCAUGGAAUGAAUCCCUCCACUUCUGUGAAUGGCCUGGCAUUACUUGCGGCCGCAGACACCAGAGAGUCACGGUGUUGGACCUCCGAUCAAGCCGGCUAGGAGGUCAACUAUCUCCCAACAUUGGAAACUUGAGCUUUCUCAGGACAUUAAACCUCGAAAACAAUAGCUUCAACAGCAGCAUCCCUCCAGAAAUUGGCCGUUUGUUCCGGCUGCAACGAUUACGCCUUGGUAACAAUUCCUUCAGGGGUGAUAUUCCGGUCAGCAUAUCACGUUGCUCUAACCUCCGCUACCUUGACUUAGGCGAUAACAUUCUCGGUGGCAAGAUUCAUAAUGAAAUUGGCUUCCUGUCCAACCUUCAGGUACUUAAUUUAGGCAAGAACAGAUUAAGUGGGGAAAUCCCACCUUCUUUGGGAAAUCUUUCUUCUCUUCAGAUGCUAUCUUUGCAACAAAAUAAUCUGCACGGAGGUAUUCCAAAUAGCCUUGGCCAGUUGAGUAGCUUAAAAAAUAUUUCUUUGGGUUCCAAUAAUUUGAAUGGUACCAUCCCUCCCUCUAUAUACAACCUCUCUUCUAUUACAAUCAUCUCGGUGCUUGAAAACCUACUUCAUGGAACUCUUCCUUCUGGCUUGGGCCACACUAUUUUUCCAAACCUCGAAGCCUUUUAUUUUCAUUUCAACCGAUUCAGUGGACAAAUACCAGUUUCAAUCUCCAAUGCAUCCAACCUUGCAUUAUUUGGCGUCUCAGCCAAUAUGUUUACUGGAAGAGUGCCUAAUCUGGCAAGGAUGUCCAAUCUGUUCCGGGUAGAAAUGGAUGCUAACAAUCUUGGAAAUAAUGAGGAAGGUGACUUGGAUUUUCUAUCUUCUCUGGUAAAUUGCACCAAUUUAAAGCGUUUGGAUAUCAGUGACAAUAAGUUUGGAGGAGUGCUACCUGAAUCUCUCAGCAAUCUCUCAACAAAGCUCGAGGUAAUGAGAUUGGGAGGGAAUCAGAUGCGCGGAAGCAUUCCUGUUGAUAUCGGAAAUCUCAACAACUUGGGGAUACUAGGCUUUGAGGCAAACCAGUUGACGGGUCCUAUACCAAGCUCAAUAUCGAAACUAAGUAAACUGUAUGAUCUGUCGUUGAAUCACAACGAGCUGUCAGGUACUAUCCCGUCUUCUGUAGGCAGUCUAACUUCGUUAGGCAGAUUAGAUCUCAUGUCAAACAACUUAGUAGGAAGCAUACCGCCAAGUCUCGGUGAAUGCACGAAUUUGCAAGCUUUGGUUCUUUCCCAAAAUUAUCUUAGCGGUCCCAUUCCACAUGAAGUCAUGAGUUUAUCAUCCCUGUCACUAGAGUUGGACCUAUCCAGCAACCAACUUACUGAUUCCAUUCCCUUCGAAGUAGGUCUUUUGGUGAAUCUUGCUUCCUUGGAUCUUUCUGAGAACCAAUUAUCUGGUGGCAUUCCUGAAACCUUAGGGAGUUGCAUAAGUUUGAUGAGUUUGUCUCUGAGAGGAAACUUGUUGCGGGGAACAAUUCCUGGAUCCUUAAGUUCUCUAAGAGGGAUCGAAGAUAUCGACCUCUCUCGUAACAACUUUGUUGGCAGCAUUCCCAACUAUUUGGGGAGCUUACCUUUCUUGCUGAAUUUGAACCUAUCAUAUAAUGAUUUUCAAGGUGCAAUACCAAUGGAAGGAGUUUUCAAGAAUACAACUAUGCUUCAUAUCGAAGGAAACACACGGCUUUGUGGAGGUAUACCUCAGUUACAAUUGCCCAAAUGCAACUCCAAAAUAUUUCCAUGGCGGACAUUUCUUAUCUCAUUUGCUUGUGGGGGCUGUAUUGGACUUAUCUUACUGUUGUGGUGCGUCAUUCUUUAUCCACCCAAAAAAGCAUUGAGCUUUAUGCUUCUUUAUCUAUCAAGAAAAGCAAGAUUGAAGUUAACUUUAGGUUCCUCAUGGGAGGUCUCACUCUUAAAAGUUUCAUAUGGAGAUCUCCUCAAAGCAACUAAUGGGUUCUCUUCUCGGAAUUUGAUUGGUGCUGGUAGCUUCGGGUCUGUGUACAGGGGAAUUAUCAAUCAGGAAGAAAGAAUUGUUGCAGUGAAAGUACUCAACGCUCAUUGUUCAAGAGAAAGUUUCAUAGCUGAAUGUGAAGCCUUGAAAAACAUUAGGCACCGAAAUCUUAUCAAAUUACUGACCGUGUGUUUAAGUAUGGACUUUCAAGGAAACGAUUUCAAAGCUUUGGUUUAUGAAUUCAUGACGAACGGAAAUCUAGAAGAGUGGCUGCAUUUUUCAGCUCAUAGACCACCAGGGGCACCCAUUGUGCAUGGGCAUUUGAACCUUAUUCAGAGGGUAAACAUUGCCAUCGACGUGGCUAAUGCUCUGAAUUAUUUGCACAACCAAUGCCACAUACCAAUAGUUCAUUGUGAUUUGAAACCCAGCAACGUUCUCUUGGAAGGCGACAUGACUGCCCGUGUUGCAGAUUUUGGUUUAGCAAGGUACGUCCAGGAUGCUUCGUGUUCACUUCCUUCACACAGAAGCACUGCCAAUGUCAUAAAUGGCUCCAUAGGCUAUACUGCCCCAGAGUAUGGCAUGGGAAAUGAGGUUUCAGCAUAUGGAGAUGUGUAUAGCUACGGAAUCCUGCUGUUGGAGAUGCUUAUUGGAAAGAGACCGACGGAUGAAAUGUUCAAAGAUGGUCUGACCCUCCACAACUUUGUUCAGAUGGCAUUGCCUGAACGCGUCGAAGAAAUAUGUGAUCCAGUGCUUCUUCAAGUUAAAAAAAGCAGCAUUUGUGGUAAUGCCACAAACAAUAGGAACCAUGUCCAAGAUGAUCAAAGGCAAAGAAUUAGCGAGUGCUUGGUUAUCAUGGCCAAGAUAGGAGUUGCUUGUUCCGCAGAAUUGCCGAGAGAGCGGAUGGAUAUUGGACGUGUUGUAGAAGGAUUAUGCCUAGUUAGGGAUGUACUAACUGGAACCUCAAUUUCUGUAACUCAUAUGAUCAUGCCCUAAUCAGCCCCGUAAAGCAUCUGCUUUUGUUCGAGUAAUUAGUUACAUUUCCAGAAUUCGCAGAAACGAAGAAUAUUGUAUCGAAAAUUAGAAUAAACAAGAAUAAUUUUCAA